AUGAAGCAAUUAUCUCAACAACGUUCUGUAACGCAAGAGAAUGUAAGUAGUACGAAGAAAUAUAGUUUCAAGAAGUUCGCGAGAUUGCUAUCUGUACGUAACAGCUUGAUAAAUAACUGGAAGAGAAUAUGUGGAUUACUACUCAAUAUGAUAGCUUCUAAGUAGAUUGGUUACAUUUUAUGGAAAUUGGAUUUCGUGACGUAAAGUAAAUUGAUAAUUGCUACGUUGGAGAACUUAAAAAAAUAGUACAGGUGAUCGCUAAUUACCUUUAAUACAUAGUUAGAAAUUCAUUUGUUUUAAUAUCGAGACAAUGUUGAUCUCUGAUGAUAGAUCACUUAUCGCAGUAUAAUUGAAGAUAUCUUUAAGUUAAUUAGCUCGAGAAACAGAUUAUAUUUCUACUUAUUUUACUUUGUAAAAGCAGGGUAAAAUAAGUAGAAAUAUAAUCUGUUUAGAGACUGGUAGAUUGGAACUGGAAGUUUGAGAACUUGGUAAACAUGAUGACUUGGAUAAUACUAAAGUUAGUUAUUUGGAAUUUUUACUGGUACAAAAUAUUAAACUCUACAUAAUCUUUUUAUGAGCAGAGAAUCGAUUAGAAAGCGAUCAUUUAAAAUCCUUGGAAAUGGAUAGAAGGAAGCCGCUCGUUUUCGUAGCCGCUAAAACGUAAUUACAUUUACUUUUACAAUUAGCAUACUUUCCAUUUUAUAAUUUGUAUGAUUGAAAUAUCUUUUAUUACGUUAUUGCGUUAACCACUUCUUGUUCAAUUAUUAUACCGAAUAACAGUGAUCUUUAUUUGGGACUCCACGUCACUGCGGAUUUAAUGAAGCUCUGCUCUUAAUAGCACGACUUUCGCUAAAAAUUAGUGUCAGCGGCCAUUCACCUGGAUUGAAGAAAUGAUAAUGCCGUCCCGGAAGAGAUAAUUCAAUUAUAAACUAAAUAAUUAAGGAACAGUACAAAAUGUUUCUCGACCGCAGAAGAGGGAGGGAAGUUCAGUUGAUAAUGGUUUGUGAAAAUAUUUGAACUAAACAAUAGUUAUAUUUCAUUACAGUACCAUGGCUGUGCAAAUUUGUAUAAUAUUGAACCAAAGGUAAUGUUUAAUCAACUGAAUUGUUUUAAUGCAAUAUAACACUACACAUUCAUUCCCUUAUAACUUCUUACAGAUAUAAUUGAUUAUUGAGUAAAAUUUAAAUCCUUCUGUUGAAGUACUAAAUAAAGUAAUUUUAUGUCUGUGAAAGUGAAGAACGAGUGGUGAUUGACAUAUGGAUUAUUUUGUCGAUUGCGACUUAAAUUAAAUGACGCUUUCGUUGAGGAUUCUCUCCGGAAGCAAGAUGUUAAAGAAGGUCGACAGAACGGAUGAGGCUUUCGACAGAAUGUCAUCUUAUCUAUUACUCAAGAAUUUUAUUGUUAUCCUGUCACGAAGUGAUUGUGAAAUUCUGCGGGUUAAUUCCAUGAAUUUACUAAUUAUUUUUAUGAAAAUUCAUAUCUUUAAGAACAUCAUUGAAACAUGAAACAUGAAGUAGAGAUUUGUUUUGCGUAUCAAAUGUCGUACUUCGCAUAUUUCAUGUGAAAUGAAAUCCAAGUAGGCAUUCGUUUCAGAAAAAAAUACUGUACAUGUAAUAUUUCAUAUAGUUCACGUAUUAUGUAUAUUUUUGCAUUUUUCAAUUCCAAGUUUAUUACCUUUUAGGAUGUUAUCUAGCCCCUAUAUUAAUCUAUAAAUCACAAAUAAAUAUGGCUACAAAAAGAAUACAUAUCUUCAUUUUCUAAUGAAGCAUUUUUUAUCAGAUUUUACAUACUAUCAUAUUCUUCAAAGUACAAAAAGUGUAUUUAAUUAAUGCGUAAACACUAAAAUAAAUACAAUGUGUGUCAACACUUUUUGCAGCCAUUCUAUUUAGUAAUGAAAGAUGACAUUUACAAGAAAUUCAUUGGACCUUCUCUUUUAUUAGUUAUACAUAUAUAUGCACAUAUAUUUUUUUCUAAAACUUCUAUGUAUUUUUGUAAAUUAGUCUCUAGUUGAAGGGUUAGAAGAGUACCGGCGAAAGAGGAACAGAAAGAGGGAGAGAUCGUGGCUUUAUUUCGUAUCCGCAUAUGUGCUCGUGGAACCGUUAUCUGGCCGGCUUUAUAUCAUCCGGUUUACGUGGUUGGCUGUGUGCUCUAUGUCUUUCUUAACGGCUCCUCGUCUGUCUGUAUACGCGUAUUCGGGACGAGUACGACGAUACAAAAACGAGACAGAGGAGCGUACCAAUGCGUCUGACGGAGGAAUAAAAAAAAAGAAGGAAGAUGAAGAAUAAAAUCGGUGCCGGUUCAAUUUCGACUUUCGCCCGAUCAUGAUUAGUUACUUCAUCCGUAUUCCAUUUCUUUUUCUUUCUUUUUUUUUU